AUGGCCAACGUCGAGAUCAUCGUGAAGAACGAGAGCGACAAGGUCCGACAGUUUCUCAUCUUCAACGAGAAGCCAGCGUACUCCGAGUCAGUCGGCAAGGCCUGGACCAACGUCUGGGGCCGCUCGCCCGGCACGGCAGCCGAGCACGGCACUGCUCACUUCUCUAUCGAGGAGCACUACUAUGCCGUGUGCGGCAUGACCCCCGAGUCUUAA